AUGAAAUUUCCAAUAGAAAACCCGAGAAAACAAGUUAACUGGGACCCGGAAGAAGUGGCGGUCCAGACCAACUUGGUCCCCCCCAAAAAGGCCCAGCCUGGCAUGGUGAAGUCCACUCUAGUCCAGGCCAGUGUGGCCACCAUGCAGAAUCCAAUGGGCUGCGACCCGAAGACCAACGGCCACUGUCCACUGCCGCGUCUGUCCAUCUCCUCACGCUCCGCCAGCGUGGUGGCCAGCAUGGAUGCCAGCUGCGACGGCACAGCAGCAGCUCUCCACUCAGUGAUGAAGUGGAAGACGGUGCUGGCUGUGUUCAUCGUGGUCGUUCUCUACCUGGUCUGCGGCGGCCUGGCGUUCAAGGCGCUGGAGAUGCCGUUUGAGAGACACCAGAAGACGAGCAUCACCCUGGAGAAGGCUUCGUUCCUGCGGAGACACUCCUGUGUUACUCCUGACGAGCUGGAGUCCAUCAUCAAGCAUGCCAUAGAUGCGGUGAAUGCAGGAGUGAGUCCCAUCGGAGACACAUCCUAUAAUUCCAGUUACUGGGACAUGGGCAGUGCUUUCUUCUUUGCUGGAACUGUCAUCACAACCAUAGGUUAUGGAAACAUAGCUCCAAGCACGGAAGGAGGGAAAAUCUUCUGCAUUCUUUAUGCCAUAUUUGGCAUUCCUCUGUUUGGCUUCUUGUUGGCGGGGAUUGGGGACCAGCUCGGGACCAUCUUUGUGAAAAGCAUCUUGAGAGUAGAGCGGAUAUUCAGGCAAAAACACAAACAGAUCAGUCAAACCAAGAUCAGAGUGACCUCCACCAUCCUCUUCAUCCUGGCCGGCUGCAUCGUCUUCGUCACUAUCCCAGCUUUCUUCUUCAAACACAUCGAGGGCUGGACCACGCUGGACGCCAUCUACUUUGUAGUGAUCACUCUCACCACGAUUGGAAUAGGAGACUAUGUGGCAGGUGGAGACCGCAAGAUCGACUAUAAGCAGUGGUACAAGCCGCUGGUGUGGUUCUGGAUCUUGGUGGGCUUAGCGUACUUUGCAGCCGUCCUCAGCAUGAUUGGAGACUGGCUUCGAGUGCUGUCUAAAAAGACCAAAGAGGAGGUCGGGGAGAUUAAAGCUCAUGCGGCUGAAUGGAAGGCGAAUGUACGAGCAGAGUUCCGUGAAACGCGGCGGCGCCUGAGCGUUGAGAUCCAUGACAAGCUCCAGCGAGCCGCCACCAUCCGCAGCAUGGAGCGCCGUCAGCUCGGCCUGGAGCAGCGAGCGCUCUCUCUUGACAUGCUGUCUCCGGAGAAGCGUGCCAUGUUCGCCAGCCUGGACGCCGGCCGCUUCAAGACUUCAUCCCAGGAGAGCAUCGACACCAAGCUCAACAACCUGAGGCUGAAGGGGGCCUGUGAGUCGUACGAGCAUCAGGGGAGCGGGCAGACACCACAGACAGCCUCUUCCUCGGAGGAGAACCUCGUCAACCUACGCUUCGGUUCCCUCACCAAACUGGGAAGACGAAACAAGAGCCGGGAGCUUCGGAGCAACAUCACCGAAGAUGUUCGCCGGGCGAGCGUUGGCAUAAACACUGGCAGUGCCAUGCUGGGGGAGGAGAGGACGGAGGAGGAGGAGGAGGAAGACGAGGAGCCACAUGAGGAAAACGGAGAGAGGAAAGAGGGAAACGUCAGCAUGACAAACCUGUCGCACUACUUGACGGAGCGCGCCAAGUUGAAUGAGUUCAUACCAGCACAGGCCAAAGACAGGGGGAACGAUGAGGGGGGGAAUGGACGAGCACUUCAGGUGUAG